AUGAGGGAGCUCCCACCCGAGGGGGCUGACCCCAGAGGGUCCCGGGCCCAGGGGGCCCGCCCACCGCCCACGGGCUGCAGCCCGAGAGCCUUCUUCCCCUCGCAGCCCCUGCACCUGAGCUCCCGGCAGCUGGGCCCCCGUGUGGGCUCAGACACCGAGUCUCGCCUCCCCGGCCCCCUCCUUCCCUCUGUGUGUGGCACACGCCUGCCUCCCCGGGCUACCUCCGUGUCCUCCCAGCUGCUCAUGGGAUCCAGCACCUACCCCUCCUCUUCCCAGCACCUCCUCACAGGGGACCACGGGCCACACCCUGGGGGUGCAGGGAUCUUGUACCAGGCCGGGAAGGUCGCCAGCGAGCCCCUUUUCAACUACCUGGAUUGUCAGUACUUCGGGAAGAUCGCCAUCGGGACGCCGCCCCAGGAGUUCACCGUGGUGUUCGACACCGGCUCCUCCGACCUCUGGGUGCCCUCCGUCUACUGCAAGAGCAAUGCCUGCCAGAACCACCACCGCUUCGACCCGGCCAAGUCCUACUUCCGGGACCUGGGCGAGCCUCUGACCAUUCAGUACGGCACGGGCAGCAUGGAGGGCGUCCUGGGCACCGACACCGUCAUUGUCUCCGACAUCGUGGACAGACAGCAGACCGUGGGCCUGAGCACCGAGGAGCCUGGGGACGUCUUCACCUACUCCCAGUUCGACGGGAUCCUGGGGCUGGCCUACCCCUCCCUGGCCUCCGAGUACUCGGUGCCCGUGUUCGACAACAUGAUGAAGAGGCACCUGGUGGCCCAAGACCUGUUCUCCGUUUACAUGAGCAGGAACGGCCCCGGGAGCAUGCUCACGCUGGGGGCCAUCGACCCGUCCUACUACACGGGCUCGCUGCACUGGGUGCCCAUCACCGUGCAGGAGUACUGGCAGUUCACCGUGGACAGGGUCACGGUCGACGGCGUGGUGGUGGCCUGUGACGGCGGCUGCCAGGCCAUCCUGGACACAGGCACCUCCAUGCUGGUCGGGCCCAGCAGCGACAUCCUCAGCAUCCAGAAGGCCAUCGGGGCCACAGAGGACCAGUUUGGCAUGUUUGAGAUCAACUGCGGGAGCCUGAGCAGCAUGCCCACUGUGGUGUUUGAGAUCAACGGCAAAAAGUACCCGCUGCCCGCCUCCGCCUACACCAGCCAGGUAUGCGUCUCGGGGUUGGGGCGCCUGACAGGCACCUCGGAGACGAGGGAAGCAGCAUUCAUUAUCCGGUGA